AAUCCAGAAGAUCCAAAUGAGCUCAGUUUUGCCAAAGACGAAGUACUAGAAAUCAUCAACAAGAGUGGUAAUUGGUGGCAAGCCAAGAAAUCGGAUGGUACAAUUGGUAUUGUGCCUAGUAAUUAUGUGAGUCUGUCUAAAUCGUAUUCUGUGUAA